UCGAUAAAGAUAGCUUCGUCGAUGCAGUAAAGGUGGUCCUAGAAUCAACUUUUUUCGUCUACCAAGCCAACGUUUACGCGCAAACGUUUGGCGUUCCAAUGGGAUCACCACUAUCCCCGGUGAUUGCAAAUAUCGUCAUGGAAAAGUUGGAACAGGAGUGCAUGGUGAAACUGGAGGAGAAGCAAAUACGCAUGAGAGUAUACAAGCGUUAUGUGGACGACUGCUUUUGCGUAGCCAGAAAAGACCAAAUUCAAACGAUCGUGGAAGUAUUCAACGAGUUUCACGAACGUUUGCAAUUCACGGUGGAAGAAGAAGUUGAUGCGAAAAUCAAAUUUCUCGACAUGAUGUUGGAACGAGAAAAUAAUAAAAUAACAACAUCCUGGCUUCCCAAACAAGCCAACGGAAGAUAUUUGGAUUUCACAUCCAAAAGUCCGUUCCAGCACAAGCAAAACACCGCGAUCGCGCUAAUAGAUCGCGCAAUAAAAUUGUCGUGCGGCGAGAAACGAGAAGAAGCUCUGAACCAAGCCACGCGGAUCCUGGCGAAGAACAAUUACCCAACGUGGUUCGUGCACAGGGUGAGAAAACAACGCGUCCACAAGCAUUACAACUCACUGGACGCGGAAACCGGACCAGAUCAACACGCAAAGUAUGUGUCUGCUCCCUAUGUACCAUGCUUGAGCGAAAAAUUAAGGAAAAUACUGCGGCGCAAUGACGUGGUAUUAGCGUCCAGACCCCAAAACAAAAUAAAACACAAAAUCUUUAGCAAGAUGAAGGACCCAAUACCACCAGGGAAGCAGAGAAAUGUGGUGUAUUCCAUACCAUGCGGCGCGAACGACGGGAAGGUAUACGUGGGCCAGACGAAACGAAUGCUGGAGGUGAGGAUGGCCGAGCACAAAAACGACUGCAAAAAACGGAAUCCGAAAUCUGGCUUAGCUGUGCACAAUAUGGAAGAAGGGCAUUCGUUCGACUUCGAGAAAACAGCAGUGCUAGAACGCAUUGAGGACCCGGAGACCAGGAUUAUCGCAGAGGUAUUCCACAUUAAAAAGAUGGGAGAAAAACAAACGGUCAAUCUACAACGUGAGUGUGGCAACUUUAAUUCCACAUACAAUGGACUAUUGACCCGACUACCUGCACGAUCCAAUACACGAAUGGGAAGACGACCGAACACAAACGAUGACGAAGCUAAUGACGAAACGGGCGAUGUUGAACGUUGAUAAGGAUGCGGGAAAAAAGGGGAGUUAAUUUAGUUUAAUUUUGACCAGCCAAGCUGUUCGGUCUGGAUCAGCAUGUUGUAAGUGCGUCUGAUGAUGGCUGAAGCGUAGUAAGCCGAAACGCGUUACGCACAAGAAAUACAUG